AAAAAACAUCUCAUUUGUUUAAAAAAAACUAUAUACGUGUCGCUUCCAAACCUCCGCUAAUAUUUCAAAACAAACUAGAAAUAUUUUAAUUCUCCAAAAAAGUAAAGUUUAGUAAAUAAAGAAUUCUUAGAUUAUCUUUAUGAUCGUAUUUAGCUGAAAAUUAAAAAAAGAUGUUCAAGUUACUAUCUGUAUUACUUGUUUUAGGAGUGUUGUUAUUUCCUACGACUUUAAUAACUAUUAAUACAGUUUAUGCUGAAGAAGAUCCAGUUGAUGAAGAAGCAGCAACAGCAGCAGACGAUGAAGAGGUCACAACAGAGGAAGAUACAAGUGAUGUAAAGGUUGAACCAGAACCAGAAACUACUGCUCCUACAGGAAAAGAUGCUGAAGAAGAAGAAAAGCAACCACAAGGAUUAAGAAUAUCACCAGAUGCAUCAACUGUUGUACUUUUUCCAGACUUUCCAGAAAAACAACUUCCGGCUGGUCAACCUAUAUAUGUUUUGGUUGGUUUCCAUAACAAAGGAGAAAAAGAUUUCAUUAUUGAAAGUCUAGAUGCUUCAUUUCGUUAUCCUCAAGAUUACAGUUACUAUAUUCAAAACUUUACUGGUACAGCUUAUAACACUCUAGUAAAACCUGGUGAAGAGGCUUCUUUUAAAUAUGGAUUUCAUCCACACGAAAGUUAUGGUGGUCGGCCAUUUGGACUCACUAUUAUGAUGUUGUAUAAAGAUUCUGAUGGUAAUCAAUAUGGAGCCGGUGUUUUUAAUGAGACGGUCACAUUUCAUGAGUUGGAAGAAAACUUUGACGGAGAGACUUUCUUUUUAUAUGUUUUAUUAGUUGCAGUUGGGUUAUUGGUUAUUUUUGGAAUAAAUUAUGCAUUCAAUAAAAGUGGGUUUAAAAAACAAUCUCGUCAAGCUGCUACUGAGACUGGCACUCAAAAUGGACGAACUGAUAUCGACUAUGAUUGGUUGCCUAAAGAAGCAGCUGCAUUUAACAAACCUUCACCUCGUCAGUCACCCAAAAGGCGUCGAGUGAAAAGAAGUACAGGAUCUGGAGAGGAAUAGCUUCGUAGAAUCGUAGUUUAUGUUAUGCAUUUGUUUUAGCGAUAGUUUUAAUAUAGUCAAUGUAAGGGUGGAAUUUGUAAAUGUGUCGUUUUUCUAGACUGACAAUUUUUUACACGUAACUUAGUGUAAUAUUAGACAAUUAGAAAGACUUAUUUAUAAGAAUUACUGCUUCGGACCCGUGCAUAUAUAACAAACUUAUAAGAAUAAAUUUUAUAAAUCGAAAUAUAGCUAAUCUUUUCAUA